AUGAAGUUUAUCAUCUAUUUGUUCCUAUUCAUCACUGCUUGCUAUGCUUCGAACAACACCAUCUGCACGAAUGGUUUCGAUUUGAUCAACAACAAAUGCUGGAAGUUAUUCCAAACCCCCGCAAAUCACACGAUUGCGGAGAGGACUUGUACAGGAUAUGGUGGUACUUUGUUCAUGGCAAAAACUGCAAUUGACAAUAGAGCUGUUGGGAACUACGUGAAUAGCUUUGGAAUAGAUCGUAUUUGGAUGGGCGUGUUUUGUAUUGGAAAUGCCAAGAGUCAAUGCUAUUUUGAUGAUCAAGUAGGGUCUACUGUCAUUUAUGACAACUUUGCACCAGGAUUCCCAAAUGCUGGAACUGGUCGUUGUGUCUACUACGCUUUGUCAGGCUCUACAAGUGGACUAUGGAUUAACGGGGACUGCAUGGAAUCAUUCCCAUAUGUCUGUGAGCUUCCCACCACUCAUUCAGACUAUUGUGAUUAUAACUUCAAUGAUCACUGCUACUUCCUUAACGACGAACUUUCAUUCAGCGGUGCUCAACUUCAAUGCCAAAGUCUUUGUAGCAAUUUGGUGUCGAUUCAUUCCGCGGAGGAAAAUCGUUACAUUACAUCUCUCUAUUCUCAAUUAUCUUAUGAUUUCAUCCGGAUUGGAGGCAUCGCAUCUUCAAAUGACUUUGUUGUAUGGGCGGAUGGAUCAGUGAUGGAUUACAGUAAUCUAGAGACAUUUGGUACUGGAGGUAAUUGUCUGAAAAUGGCUCUCAAGUCAACGGAUUAUCACUCGCGAGGCUCUUGGUACACUGAUGAUUGUUCUACUCUCGCACACUUCGUUUGCAAACGACCGAUUGGAGUUCCUGACUGUAGUGGGACUCCACCACCUCCUACAGUACCCCCACCAACGAUGGCUCCACCGACCUGCACUUCUGGAGUUCACGUGGCACCUGGAGUUAUUUCGUCUCCAAACUACCCGAACUAUUACAGAUCAGCUUGCGCCUACACUCUCACAACAUAUGGCUCCAACAAAAUCAGACUAACGUUCAAUUAUGUGUACACAUAUCCAAACUACGAUCCUAUUGACAUAUAUGACGGUGAUUCAACAGAUGCACCAUUGUUAUACUCGCUGAACCGACAAUCUGGUGGUGGUUACUGGACAUAUACAUCUACUGGCAAUUCAAUUUACGUCAAUUUCCGUUAUACUUCCGGACAAACAUCUACUUACACUGGCUUCAAUGCAACUUUUUACUCAGUGUUCUGA